GCAACACUUCUCCAUCACACACUGACAUUGUGUCAGUAAAUAGCAGCUUUUAAACACUGAGUUGGUCAGAGGAUCAGAGGAAGUGAACGACCACAGGAAGAGCUGAGAGUAUUUAAAGAAAGAGUUGAGAGCGUAUGAUGAAGAGGAAGACUGACAGAAAGAGAAGAUGGCUGAUAAGUGUCACUUGUGUCUGCUGGGACUGAUCUUUCUCUCUUCACUUCUCACAGGUCUCAGUGGAGUGGAUGAUGUUCAUGUGUUCAUCAGUUCUGGUGAAAAUGUUCAUCUGUCCUGUAAUAAUGCUCUUCAUGACUGUAAAUCAACUGCAUGGAUCUAUAAUAAAGAUUCAACGACUGUUGAACUGAUUUAUUCAGGGAUAAAGAAUAAAGACAUGGAGAGUUAUGAGAGACUGAGUCUGGGGUCUGACUGCUCUCUGAACAUCAAGAACAUCACAAAAGAAGAUUGUGGAUCUUACAUCUGCCAACAACAGUGGACAGUGAAUGGACAAAAACUGAGAAGUGAUGCUCGUGUUUAUCUGCAUGUUCUUCACUUCUCUUCAUCAUCUUCAUCAUCCUCACAGACUGAGAUCAGUGCAGGUCUCUCUGUGACUCUCUUCUGUCAGUUGUAUUCAUCUGCUGGAGUCUCUUGUGAUGAUUGGAUCCGUUCUGAGAGAAUUUAUCUGUUCUGGGUGAAUCAGACUGGUGUUAAACUGACGAGAUCAGACUCCAGAUAUCAGAUAUCAGCUCCAGAUCACUGUAUCAUCACUCUGAAUACAACAGUCCUGAAUGAAGAUCACAACAGAGAGUGGAGAUGUGAAGUUACUCACAGAGAUCAACUCAAAACCUCAGCCACAUACACUGACAAGAGAUCAGCUCGAGCUGAUUCAACAACAGCAGAGACUCCAGUCCACAUCACAAACUCAACUACAACAACACCAGCAACUUCUACACGAGGUACAGUUAAAAAAAAAAAAAAAAUACCCUUUCCCUGUUGUGAGUUUUACCGAAUACUGAAUAUAUUGUCCAUGUUAAAAAAAUGCAUGUAAUCCCUUAAACUUAAAUUGUAAAAGGAAAGACCUGUAAGUGUUUAAAGUUCAGAUAUUCUGGGCUUUACAAAGAGUUUUGUGCUGAAGAGUAGAGCGUGUGGUUAGUUUAUGGGAGAGCUGUUUGAUAACAAGUGUUUUUGUUUCUUCAUGCAGUGAAUGUGUUAAUGUCACUGUGAUGAUAAACAGUGUUUUAUUUGUUCAGUGUAUGUGCUCUAUUAGCUUCAUAUUGAAACUGAAGAUAAUUUUGGACUACCACUCCAUAUGCAAUCAGAGGUGAACCAAGAUGA